UCAUCCAUUCAAACUGGUUUCGAAAGCAGACUGAAGCUCAGAGCUCAGGCUGCGUCGAGAAGGGAGGUACAGACCGUACUGCACGGCCUUUUAUAUUUCGUAUGAGCACAACACCUUGUUUUGUGAAAAUGUGGACGGCUUUAGGGCAACUGCUGCUUGUACAUAUGAUACUCGUGGGGUUUUUGCUGGUAAACGGAAAUAAGCCGGACUGUGAAAGCGGUCAGUUUCAAUGCAGUAACGGCAGGUGUAUCCCGACUCCAUGGAGAUGUGAUGAUGACGAUGACUGCUCGGACAACAGCGAUGAGGAGAAUUGUCCAAAAAAGACAUGUGCCACAACAGACUUUGCAUGUAAGAAUGGGCAGUGUGUCCCGGCCCGAUGGAGGUGUGAUGGAGAACCUGAAUGUCCAGAUGGUUCGGAUGAAGCAGACUCCACCUGCAGUCGACAGGCGUGUCCACCAGAGAAGUUUGACUGUGGCGGCACGACGAGCAAAUGUGUGUCAUUGUCAUGGCGCUGCGAUGGAGAACAGGACUGUGAAAAUGGAGCAGAUGAGGAGCAGUGUGCUGCAGAUGCCAAGGCUUGCUCUGCUAAAGCGUUCCAGUGCCGUAACCGGCUGUGCGUGGCUUCCGCAUCCGUAUGCGACGGGGAUGAUGACUGCGGCGACGGCAGCGAUGAGGAGAAGUGCACGGCAGCCACCGCCAGCACUUGCGGGCCGCACGAGUUUCGCUGUAACGACUCGGAGUGUAUUCCAGCACCAUGGAGCUGCGACGGAGACCCCGACUGCAAAGACAAGUCGGAUGAAUCUCUGCAGCGCUGCAGUCGCAGGACGGAGCCUCAAAAGCCCCACUGCCUGGAGGGGGAGUUCCGGUGCAGGAGUGGAGAGUGUAUUCACCUCAACUGGAAAUGCGAUGGAGAUGUCGACUGCAAGGACAAGUCUGAUGAGGCCAACUGUCCUGUGCUGACCUGCCGUCCUGAUGAGUUCCAGUGUGGCGAUGGCUCCUGCAUUCACGGCACAAAACAGUGUAACAAAGUGCACGACUGUCCAGAUUUCAGUGACGAGGCUGGCUGCGUCAACAAAACCACCAAAUGUGAAGGCCCGCUGAAGUUCAUGUGUAAGAGCGGGGAAUGUAUCCAUAGCGGUAAAGUGUGCGACAGUAUCAAGGACUGCAAGGACUGGUCUGACGAACCUGUGAAGGAGUGCGGUCUGAAUGAAUGUGCCAUCAACAAUGGCGGCUGCUCUCACAUAUGUAAAGACCGUCAGAUCGGCUAUGAGUGUGAAUGUCCCUCGGGCUACAAGCUCCUUGACAAGAAGACUUGUGGAGACAUAGACGAAUGCGAGAACCCUGAUGUCUGCAGUCAAAUAUGUGUCAACCUCAAAGGCGACUACAAAUGUGAAUGCUACGAGGGUUACGAGAUGGACCCGGUUACCAAGACGUGUAAAGCAGUGGGUAAAAGCCCAUAUCUUAUGUUUACUAACCGACAUGAGAUUCUGCGCAUUAACCUGGUGAAGAAGGACUAUACUCAGGUAGUGCCCACCCUGAAGAACGCUGUGGCACUAGAUGUGGACGUGAGCACCAACAAGAUGUACUGGUGUGACCUCUACCAUCGCAAGAUCUUCAGUGCAUACAUCAACAAAGCCAGCGAUGCUUCUCAGCAGAUCACGCUCAUAGACACUGCGCUACAUUCCCCAGAGGGCUUAGCAGUGGACUGGGUCCAUAAGAACAUCUACUGGACUGACUCUGGAGACAAAACGAUCUCAGUCGCGACUGGUGAUGGCAAGAAAAGGAAGGUGUUGAUCGACACAGAGCUCGGGGAACCACGUGCCAUCGCUCUUGACCCAAGACAAGGGUUCAUGUACUGGUCAGAUUGGGGAACGCUGGCUAAGAUCGAAAAAGCUGGAAUGAACGGAGUGGAUCGACAAGUUCUGGUUUCAGAGAGGAUAGAGUGGCCCAAUGGGAUUGCGCUCGAUCUGUCUAGUAGACGACUCUACUGGGUGGAUUCCAAGCUUCAUCUGAUCUCCAGCGUGGACCUAAAUGGAGACAACCGUAGAGUUUUGCUGUCCUCCAUGGAUCAUCUUGGACAUCCCUUUGCCCUGACUCUUUUUGAGGACCGAGUUUACUGGACCGACUUGGAGGAUGAAGCCAUCUACAGUGUAAACCGGCUGACAGGGAAUAAUGUGUCAAUGCUGGCUCAAGAUCUCAACAACCCACUGGAUGUGGUGGUGUUCCACGAGCUCCGGCAGCCUCAAGCUCCAGACACAUGCAACAUGGGAAGUCUGCCCAAUGGCGGCUGUGAGUACCUGUGCCUCAGAGCUCCUCAGAUCACAGACCACUCGCCCAAGUACACGUGUGCCUGUCCCGACAACAUGGAACUGGGCCCGGACAUGCGCCGCUGUGUGACAGUCAAACCCAAAACAACAACUUCUGCAAGUACAACCACUACUACAACACCAGAACCUUCUACUAUUGUGACUCCUACAACCACUACUCCAGCUAUAAACACAGAUAGACCAACAACAAUCAGAACAAUCUCUAUAACUACACCUACAGCGACAGUAUCAAGUACAACCACCACCAGCCCCACCACAACCACUCACUCCAGCUCGCAGAGUUCCACCACCACACACUCCAGAGCCACUUCAACCACAGUGACCACUCAGUCCAGCACUAAAGCACCAGGGAAUCGGUCAACCUCCACCCAGACAACAGCAGAUCAUAGACAGACAUCUACAACCAUCCACGGCAACAGCUUACAAGGGGCCAAUGGCAAUCUCUCUCAUCGCGCUGGCAGUGGAAAUGACCACUUCCUCCUUGGUAGCAAUAUAACCGUUGCGGUUCUGGGUAUAGUCAUUCCAAUAGUUCCUAUCCUUGCCACAGUGGUCAUCGGCCUGAUGUGUACCGGAGGCUACCUGGUGUGGCGCAACUGGAGGAGACGGAACACCAAGAGCAUGAACUUCGACAACCCUGUUUACCGCAAGACCACAGAGGAUGACGACGACGAAAUCCACAUCGGCCGCAGCGAGCAGAUUGGCCACGUCUACCCUGCAGUGAGUGGCAGUGCCAGACAGCCAUACCUAGCACUGCCACUGGGGGGUGGUAUCCCAGACCCGGCAGCUCACUGGUACUCAGGGGCACCUAUGCUGUCCAGCGCAAAGUGAACAAAGGGAGGAAGGCAGUUGGAUAGUGUUAAAAUGUGGGCGAGGCUAAGACAGUGUUCCCUAAGAGAGGGCAUUAUGCUGCCUCUUCCCAAACACAUUUUUAUAUUCAUAAUUCACCACACAUUUUCAUUCAAAUGUAUGUUUAAUUAGUGUAUGGAUUACCAUGUGAGGUUUCAUUAGUUUGUAUGUGUUUCCCAUAGGCUGAGUCCAAAAUUGCAUUUUCUCUAAGUAGGUACUUCUUUUGAAUAAAUAAUUGAUAAUAUUGUAGUAUAUAGUAUGAAUGUGUGUAAUAUGAAUUUAAUCCAGAUAUACCGUGUGUUGCCAUUAGCCCCAUCACACAGUAAUAGCAGUAAAUUGGCGUAAAAUUACCGCAACAACUUUACUGGUGAAUACAAAAAUGUGCUGUUCACACAGGCAAUGACAUUCCGUCUUUUUACCAGUAAAGCACCAUUCCCACGUCAGUUUCAAAUUACCUGUAAAUUCAGAAUCAGAAGUUACCUCUUAAUGGCUGUGCCUCUUUUUUUUUUUUUUUUUUUUUUUUUUUUAAUGUUUUCAUUUUAGCAUAAAACUUUCACAUUCAUGCUGCUGCUUUUGGCCAAGAGACAUCAUAUUAGUCAACUUCAAACUAAACUAAACAGCGAGGAGUAAAUGCGUCCUCUGCAAAUUUUGAAUUUAAACGUUUAUGGAUUGGCCCAUCAGUGCUUUCUCAACUUUUAUGGCUAAUACUGGUAAUCUCGUUCUGCAUUCACACAGAGAAGAUUACUGGUAAUGUUACAACUUCUCAUACUGGUAAAUUAAAAAAACGAAUUUACCAGAAUUUUGAAAAUGUCCUGUUUACACAUGAUCUCUUAACGGUAAUUUACCGGUAAUUUAGCAGUAAAAGUAUGUGUGAAAGGUGCUUAUGUCAUGUGACCUAUCAACUCUUUAACACACAAGUGGUGUGCACAUCCCAAACAUCCAAAAAGGAUGCAGGUGCAAGACAACUGAAUAAUAUAAUCAACUCUUUACCUUGGCAUAAUGCGAUAGUAAAGCACCCAGGAACGUUUCACCUAUUGUUUUAUGACUACUAAGAAUUCACACAUACUACUCCUGUCUACUACUACUAUAUACUAGGAUAUUAUGCAAUUUUGGAUGCAGCCGCAGUCUUCGGUUUCUCGUGAUGUGUGUGUGUGUGUGAAGCUUUAAAUGCUUUCCAUGUUUGAAAGCUUUGAAAUUGUGCUCUCCCAUUAUCCCAUAAAAGUUUUUUUUUUUUUUUUUAUGAAUUCAUUAUAACUGUUUUAGGGAUGAGCAACGAGCACCUUAAAUGACUGGACAAUCGUUUAAUAUAUUCUAGUUUAUUUAUUUAUGUAGGUGUUUUGCUGGUAAUUUAUUUGGGUGAUGUAAUGAUUUAUUCAUAUAUUUGCAUAAGCGUUGGCCUGGGCUGAAAUAGUUAACAUGGCGCUGUUGAGAGCUGUUAGUCAGAUGGAGGGAUUAAACAGUGUGAUUUGAACUUCCUGUGCUACAGACGGCAUGUCAAGCACAAGCAGAGAUAAAGACAUCAGUCGCGCAGCAGAAACGGGGCGGGCCGCUCCAGUGGCAUAACAAGAUUCUCUCAAGCGCCCCACAUGUCGCUCCUCACUGUGUGUCUGUGUGUGGAGGAUCUGCAUAUCAGAUGUUUCUGUAUCCGUCUCCUUCUCCAAAGGACUUCUUAUUCUUUCCAAUGUGUAUAUUUCUCACCUUCUUUUCUCUCAACACGUGUAACUGUUUUUUUUAUCUGCUCUCCACAGCGCGUGGCGCUCAGUCAGGACGAUGACGGGUUCCCCUGAGGGCGAUUCUUGCACUCGCUCUCUCCUUAUCCAUCCCUGAAUCCAUGCGUCCUUUAGUCCUCCAUCUCUCCUUCCAUCGAGGAGGUCGCACGAGACAAUGCAGCAAGGCGCACAGAGCCAAAAGGACACAAGAGCACUUGCUCUCCACAGCCGAGAGCUACAAACUGGGUUUGUCUUCUCGUAGUGUCGUUUUCAAACCAUAAACCCUCAGUCAGGCAAUAAUCAUUAGUUCUUAAAUUAACUAUUAGCAUCAUUCCUGCUCUGUGUCAGUAGAAGUAGAUAGUGUUGUUUAAUGAUGACUAACUUCAUAGCUUGUCACAUUAGUAGUCGCUAACACUCUCCUGCUGCACUCGUGCUGUAGUUUUUUAAUUAGAAAUAGCAUUUCAAGCUGGUUUAAGUUGAUCUAUGGCCAUUUCGAUUGUUGGGAGAGAAUUGAGAACAAUCCAUCCUGUGAACAUUCGAGAUACAUAGAAGGAAAAUAUGAAAUAGGAUGGAGACGCGAUGUGGAAAAUUCAUAUUUGCAGACAUACUAAACACAAAUUCCACCUUGUGGCUGUUAUGCAUUCAUAUAAUCUCACAAACAAAUAAUGUAUCGCAAACAAUAAGAUUUACCUUGUAAAUAAAUCAGAAUCUGUACUUUUCUGUCCAUACUUCCAAUGACAAAACUAGUAUACUUUCAUGUCUUCCAUAGUCACUCCAGUCAGAUUUGACCCUUCUUAAAGUUCUGCAGCCACUAUCUGGAGAUGAAGGGUUUCACCCCCGAACUUUGAGAGGCAAUAUAUAUAUAUUUUCCAUUUUUAUUUAUUUCACCAGCACUGAGGCUUCCAUUUUUCUCAAGUUUCUAGGACCAAGUUAAUUCUUCCUGCCCAGGCACAUUUAUAACCCCAAAACUUUAGCUCAGGACAUCAGUUUUUCUAAAAUCGUAUCAGUUAUCGCAAAAAUCUGUGUGGUUUGUUAUCACAAACACGCUAAUAGAUACGGUAGUCAGGGUUUGAUAAUGGCUAAAAUGCUGUUUGUUCAUAUCUACAGUCUAGAUCGCUCCCUCUCAGACAGGCAAAAACACACACUCUCGCACAAACUGCGUCUCUUCCGGCCCUAUAUUCGUCAUGCCUCGGGUAAAACUCUUUAGCAUUUAGCAUGCUGACAACAAGACACCGCCUGCCAUAUUGGGUGGCUUAAUGGCGUGAUAGAUUAGAGUCAUAGAUCAAAGCUUUGCUCCUCUGAACAGUCAUCUGUUCAGGAAAUGUGGAGUGCCUGAAUAUAGGCUUCCUGUACAUAUCAACUCUCAAACUCUCUCCAUUUGAUGAAUGAGUGCUUGGUUAUUUCUGUAUCGCUGUCAGCGAGGGCACUGACUGAUUGAACUGGUGUAUAAAAGUAAAAAUCAGAUUUUGAUCUACCUGGAUAUGCCUGCUGAUAAAAACAAAAAAAAUCUCAAACCAGCCAAAGUAUUUUUUAUUUUUUAUUUUUUUUGCUGGUUUUAGAAUAGUCUGAAUCGAUUGUUUGAAGGGUUUGAUAUAUUUUGAUAUAACAGUGGUUAUCACCUUUAGAAUCCCCUUUGUCCAAGACAAUAAUCAAAGGCCCUCUAAUAUAGACUGUAAUUCAUAACUUAAUUUAAGUAUUAUUGGGGGACCCCUGAUAGUUUUCCAUUUGGCCUGGUUGAGAACCACUGAUUUACAGAUCUUAGAGGCCGUCUAGACCAACAAAAAACCUUAGGCUGGUUUAAGAUUUUCCAGCAUUGAUUAAAACUUGGCAUCUGGCAGUAUGUCUGUGUAGUGGGGUGUGUUGUUAGAUCAAAUGGUUAUGAAGAACUAGUCAUGUUAGUUGCCCUGCUGUUGGAGACUACCGAAAAGUCCCUGAGACCCGUUUGUUUGGUUCUGGCCCGCAUGUGGGUGGUCUCGCGUCUGGAGUGGUUCUUUACUCCUGCCACCUUUGCUCUUCUCUGCUGUGAUGAGGAAUCUUGUGUCCAACUCUUGUAAAACAUCCCUCUUCAUUUCAAAGAAUCCUCCAUUAGGUCACUGUUUGUUUUCCAUUAGAAAGAGAGACCGUGUGGGAGUUUCGAUGCUCAGGCUUUUGUUUGUGUGGAUUAAAGAAGCUGCCGCUUGUAGUUUUCUGAUCAGAUGGGUUUGACAUGAAGACAUGGUUUGGAGAAAACAGGUCUUUUGUCUUCGAUAGUAUAGUUAGUUUUAAUCUUCAUCCCUAACCAAUUCUCACAUCAAAUUGUGUAUACAGUAUCGAAAGUAUAAUGGAUAAAUCGAUUUUCUAGAAUUUUGAAACUGAAGCAGUAACGUUUUAGAUGCUUCGUAUACUUUCAGAAUAUAUAAGUUCUGAAAAUGUGAAACUUUAGUUUUUGAUUUGAAAAUCGCAGACUAGCAAUACAGGGUAAACAAACUGCUUCAUGUGCUUUUUCAGAACUGUAAUGUCAUAAAUUAUUGUUUGAUCAUUAUCAGUGGUUUCUUCAGAUGCACCUUGCUGGAAAAAAAAUGCUUAAACCAUCCUUAUCUAGUUUGCUGGUUUAUUAAAUCUGGUUUGCUGGUUUUAGAUGGGUUUUGGGUAAUUAUCAUCUGGUUUAGAUUGAAAGACAUGAUUGUAAACUAACUAACCACCUAGACACCAGACUAUGAGAACAACAAAGACCAGAAAAAUAAACCGCUUAAACAAGUUUACAAUGUAUUUUGGGCACUUAUCGGCUGAAUUAGACUGGAAGACAAGCUUGUUGACCAGCUGAACUACCUGGACGCCAGACUAGGAGACCAACUAAGACCAGAAAAAAAGUCUAAAUUGGUUUUAUAUUGGUUUUGGGCAUUUAACGGCUGAUUUAGACUGGAAGACAAACUUGUUGACAAUCUGAACCAAUUGGACACCAAACUAAGACAAAAAAAAGUUAACUAAACUAGUUUUAAAUGGUUUUGGGCAUUUGACAAUUGGUUGGCUUGGAGAUCAGCUUGUUAACAAGCUAAACCAAUUUAAAAACAGCGGUGCCAGACUGGAAGACCAAUUAAGACCAGCAAAUAAGCUUAGGUUGGUUUAAUCAUUUUUUUAUAUAUUAUAAUUAUUUUUAUUUAUUUUUUUAUCAGAAAGGGUAUCAUGCACAUUUUUUUCCCUGACCCCAAACUCAUCGUUAUUAUCAGGUGCUGCUCUAGAGUUGGCUCAAAAUGUUUUUAUGGGAAACUUUGUUCCAUUGAGCUCUCUAGCUGUCAAGGUUUCUACAAACAGAUCUCUUAGCGUAUUAUAAUUUAGUAUGUGUGCGACACAUAUUCAAUAAACACAUGUACGGUCUGCACACAGAAGGUUCUAGAACAGACUUUUAGUCCUUGGAUUUUCUGCCUCUCUGUACAGUAGAUAACACACCGUUCUUUGUGACCACUGUCCAUCAUUCCUACUCUAUGCAUAUGUACCGGCGAGUCCUGCCUUCCUAUAGCACUGCAGGGACUCGCCACGCUGCUCCUUCACCCCACUCCACUGUGACUAACAUUCGUGAUGUCAGUAACUCCUCCUCAUCACUGUCUCCCUGUCGUCCCCAUCAGCCCAACAAGUAGGACAUUGCUUUCGAAAGGGCUACAGUUCUUUGAAAAUGGACGACACACUGGACGAUAAGCUGGAACCUCUCCUGGAACAGUGCUCCUUAGUUUGGUGGACUUGUAGAGCUGAUCAGCCGACUCUAAAUGCACGAGUCAGGUCCUCCACACACAUGAUAACAUUCCUGUUUGUUCUCUUUGUGACCUUUAUUUUGGUUUCCCUCUGUGAGAUCAUGUUGACAUGAUGUAUAUUACUUGAAGAACUGUUCAUUUUCUGUAUGGUUUGUAGGUGUUAAUUUCAGAAGAGGGGGAGGAAGGAGGGCCUGUCAUUCCUGUCAUUUUAGGAAACAUGCGUCCCGGUUAUUCCAUAGCGGUUCGGAGACAUUUUGUACGCUGUUUGUUGCACAAACUUUUUCAAGAAGCCUUCUGCACUGUGUAUAUGAUUACAUAGGAUGGGGGGAAGGGUGACCGUUGCAGUCCAAUGAGUCCGAGUCAUGAUUUGUAAAUAUGUUUUCAUACAGCAAAACUUUUGAUAAGGUUUUAAACAUUUCUUGUAAAAAGCAGAUGUGUAUAUAAGUCUCCUGGACGAAAAAGAGUGUAGACCAUACAUGGAUUUCUUUGUACUCAAGAGCACUGGAUUUCUUUACUACUUGAUUGUAACUAAAAUUAAUAAUCUGCCAAAGUGUUUUCAGUUCGUUUCUUCUUCCUCCUGGUCUUAAUUUUAUUUUUGCUUUUUAACCGUAAACAUUGCAGAAAUAGUGUUUAAUUUGUAUAUGUACAUUUAUUUAAUAGAUAAAUUAAAUUGUAAUUCUAUUUAAUAGGUUACACUCAGUGUUGAAAGAGAGGGUUACAGUUUAAUUUAUUGGUGCCUUGUACGUGUUCAUGUAUAUUUUUCCAAUAAUGUUAUGUUUUUUUUUGCUUUUCUGGUGUCUGUGUCAGUGGGUCAGAGGUGGUGGGGAUAGGGAGGGGGUUUUAACGUUAGCAAAACUAUACUUACAUGGAAUAUCUGUACUGUAUGCCAAAAUGGUCUCACUCACGUUUCUAUGAAAUUCAAGUUGUUGAUAAAUAUCUAUAUAUUGAUAUAUUAAAUUGUUAAAAACGG